AUGCUCACCAGCCUUUUGCUCGUCAUCUCACUUGCCAUCACGGCUUUGGCCAAUCCUGCCCAUUGGCGCCGUCAGGCCUCGGACACCGGUGCUGCGUCCUCCGCAGCCGCGGCCUCCUCUAUGGCUCCCAGCGCCUCCUCAGUCGCCGCUACAGGUGCUGGUAUCGGCCCCGCCCUUUCUUCUCUUGCCGCGGCCACAGCUCUUCCCGCCAACAUCAGCACAGUAUCCGACAUCUCAAAGGUCGUUUCGGACCCCACCUUGGCUUCACUUUUCACCGAACUAGGCAACGAUUUCACUGCUAGUAGCUUUUAUCCUACCCACGCCCGGCAUCCCUAUCCCAGACUAUUGCACACCAAUCCUCGCUAUUGA